AUGCGGAACACCCUCGCAGCAGUGGCGCUCACUGCGCCUGCUCAUCGCUCUUUUCCAGCAUCCAAGCAAGCGAACAUUGCGCAGCACAAUCAGCAAAACUCAGCAUACCUCGCAACGCAUCUCGCCAUGGCAAAAAUCAACAACACAUUCAACAACUGGUGGCCACGACCUCCCAAACUCAGACUUUCGCCCAGGUCGAGGCGCAUACAACGUCAAGAAUCGGCUGGAACUGUCUCUCCUGGCAGAGUGAUAUCCAAGGCCGAACGAUCAAGCCGGCAGUCUUCAAGAAAUGACUCGGCUAUAUCCUCUCUCGAUGGCCCGACCGACAAAGAGCUUGAUGCCGCUUGGGAGGAGUGGGAAGCACACGAUCGCGCUCUAGGAACCCUUGGACACAGAAUCGUGGAAUGGCUUCAUCAUUUGUUCUUCCAGUCAUUGACAGACACGCUCCCUUGGCUCAGGAGAUGGUGUCGCCAAAUCGACGAACACUAUGCUCCUGAGGUCUGCGUGGCUACCCUCGACCGGCUCCGCGACGACAGGAAAGCGUGGAGGUCUCUCCGGGCACUGCUACUCAUGUCAAUACUUGUCUUGACUGUUUUUGGCUCGCUCUACAGUUUGGUUGAAUACUUACUUUUGGUUACCAGAGCAUCUGCAUGCAACACCACCAGCAUCAGCACUGUCUUCAUCCCAAUCACUGAAACGAUCACUGCUGGCAUGACCAGUCUUUCAUCGAGCGCCCUGGUCUCACCGGCGAGCGGCAACAACACCAGCGUGGCGUCGGCGCUGCCUUAUACAUCCACGUCGACUCAAACCGUGACGUCGUUCGUCACCGUCGGUCCAAGCACCAGCGGGUCUACGUUGCCAUUUGUCUACACCGUCGAUCCUUCUGGAAGCACGGUUUGGGUCAAUGGAGUGUCUCCCACUUCUGGCGUGUCCCUCGUCACCGCUACCACCUCGGUCUUCAUCACACCAUCUCUCGAAGCUACCGAUAGCACUCCGUCGAUCUCGACGACUCUCACUGCUGUCCCGGACAACGAGGCUGUGUCGAUCACCGUGCCGACCUACACUUCCACGGAGUACAGCUUUGUCAGCCCGGACAUCACGACGACCUCGACUUCAACGAGCACCCACUUCGUGACCUACACUCUCACGGAGGCUCAAUCUGCCCCGAUCGGAUCCUCCGCUCGCAGCUCCUUCCCAGGCAUGGCAAGUGGCGGCUGGAACGCCUCGACUUCUACGACUGCUAUCCUCAUGCCAGCAGCAGCCUCUUCCGUCGAGCCUGAGAUGUCGACUUUGACGUCGGUGUAUUUCACGCCCGCCAGUAGUGAGCAGUCGACGUCCACCACCACAACGUACCUCACAAGUACAAUCGCCGUGCGCUACACCACGACCAUCUUUCCCUCUGGUCCAUCUGAGGUUGGCAGUGGCUACGUCACGACCAUCACCGCCCUUCCUGUCACGAUCGGAGGUUACACAAGUUCGCCAUCGCUAAGCCCGGCUGAAUCGGAGGCACCAACUUCACCAUCUCCAUUGAGCUCGGCCUCAUCGACGCCAACCAGCAGUGCAGUUGGCGCAAUCACCGCAACAAUCAGCUCGCCUAUGUCAACUGCUAACCCGCUAUCCUCGAUGAGCACCUCGUCAAGCUUAAGUUCGGCCCAAUCUUCGAUCUCAACUUCGACCCUGAACACAACAUUGACAUUCGCAUCAAGCAUGCAACCUUCUGGUGUGUCGGCGUCGAGCCAGAACGUAACCUCUGCGAUUGGUACAGCGCCGCUAAGCAGUCUGUCCAGUUGCUCAUCGCAAGUCCAGGUCAAUACGACCGGUACCGUGCCACCGAUGGCCACAACAUCCAGCGCUCCGAGCCUCGUCCCGUACACGAUGAGUCCAAUCAGCUCGCCAGUGUCGAGUUCGACUAUUGCUCCUUCGAACAGCUCAAGCGUCGCGCGUGGAGUUUCUGCAUCAUCAGCAAGCUCCGUGGUCUCGUCGAAUUGCACUUCGGUCUCUGUGCAGGCGGGCAGCACUGGGAAGGCCUCUACUUUGUCUACGGGCAGCAAAGGCACUGCGUCUCUCACGAUCAGCUACAGCACGAACAGCUCAACGAGAGCGACGUCAAUCUCGAAGACUCGCGCAUCUUUGUCGCCUGCAGAGACGCCACCCGGUGGUGUGUCAAGUGCGUCAACAACUUCUUCCCACACGAAUCCUGUCUCGCAGUAUGACCCGACCGUUUCGUCGGCUCUACCGACCAAAUCUGGAGCAACAGCACCGUCCUCCUCUGACAUGACAAGCUUGGCCGUCACCACUUCUUCGUCGACCAGAGGAGCCUCGCCUUCGCGCUCCGGACGCUCCUCGGGCCAGUCAAGCUCCAGUACAUUGAACUCUUCGACCACGAAGCGUACGACUGCUCAACCAAGGUCUUCCACUAAGUCCUCCGCGGGGACAACGUCUUCUACAUCCACUGCGAGCUCUGGAAGCAAGAACGAGUCUCUCACCCGGCAACCGCAGACCAUGACAACGACCAGGUCCGUUACCAGCUCGAGCCAUACCUCAGCUCACAGCUCGAGUGCCAACAUAACCUCAUCGAACCCCUUCCCAGCACCCUCUGCCACCGCCACACCAAGCGCAGGCUGCGGCGAGCAUGGUCGUUUCAUGAUGGACUUCGAUGAUCUGCCCAACUUUACGCCAUCGGACGAGAACAACACAGACAUCACGCAGGCGCCGCCGAUCCUGAGCCCUUACCACCACCUGGCUUUCAGCGACGGCUACGUGUACGCUCCCGAGCCCUCGGAGCCGUAUACGCCGAAGUCAUCACCGCAUCUGGCAGUCUUCCUGGGCAACGCGAGCGGCAUCAGGUCCAAGCACCCAGACAACGGCGACUACAUCAAGCCUGGCGAGAUUGGAGACGGUCCGCGUGAGAGCAUGUCUGCAUACUGGUUCGAUGCGUUCAACGCCUGGUUCGGCUGUGACAAUCGAGGCCCUCAGCCUUGCGUCCUGGUAUUCUCUGCAUACACGUGGGGUCUGGCUACCAAGAUCGAAGCUCUCACCUUCCAGCACAAUGCGACUGUGCCGGCAUGCCGCCGUUCCGAAGACUGCCAGCUACAGAAGGUGGACUUACCGACCUCGUUCCGUGGUUUGACUGGGCUGCAGAUGCAAGCGUUCGUUGGCGAUGAGCAGAGGAUGUUCUUCAUGGACGAUCUGGCGCUCCGCUGGUCGAACAAUAGCUGUGCUGCUGGGCUGCAGAGGCAGAAUUCGCAGUGA